UUUCCGUUGUCAAUUUUCACAUUCCCGCCAUCAUCGCGCAGUGUUGCGAGGCGUCGUGUGCGGGUCCACUGUCAACAACAUACGUACUGGGGAGCAGGUGAAUGCCGGCAAAACAAACUUUCUGCCGUCGGAGGACCCACGGAGACGUUACUGUGAUUUAAAAGUUUCAAGACGACCACGUAUCAUCGACAGGAUUUGUUUGAUCACAAGUCCCAGCCUCCAAAAGUGCACCAACUGGAUAGUAAGCCAUGUCAACCAUAGUGCCCAAACUGUCCAGCGGUGGCGCUGUAAAGAUCCGCUUGAGCAGCAUGGACAUGGGCACCACCAGAUGGAAGGAGGGCACUUUUGAGAUUCUGGAAAAGGACAGCAAAGUCAACCUGUGUAUACGAUUCAGCUGUGGCGGAGCUUCCAAAACCUUCCAGCUGAGCCAGAACUUGAAGACUGUGAACCAGAAUGUGAGCCGAAUCAUGCUGACUUUGAAGGACAGCAGUGUCAUCGUGCUCGACAAGAUUCCUCCGAGUUUGCUUCAGAAGACUAAAGAAUACCUGGAAAAGCUGAAGCAGGGAAAGCCAAUUUUAAAAUCAUCCCAUGGAAGUGCAAACUUCAGUGUGCUCGGGAACCGCUCUGUGAAAAAUGACACCAAUCCCUCAGGGGAGAGACAGACUACGCCGAGGCGGCAGAGUGCAGAAGGCAGAGAGGACACGACACCGCGAAAGCCCCUGGGCAGCCCGAGCAGAGCUGCCUCCACUCCUACUCGCACCGGACACUCUGAGAACAGGAGCGAGAAGAGAAAGAGACUCCUGACCUCAGAAAGUGACCUGACCGAGGACUACCCCAAGGAAAAUGACUCAUCAAGCAACAACAAGGCCACUUCGGACCCAUCCAGGAAGUUUCUGCUGAGCUGCAAAGAGAAGCUGAAGCAGGCAGAAGAGAACCGGAGCUCAGCUCCGCUGGGUUCAACUCCCCUUCAGCCGACGUCGUUCUACGGGAGCCGCUCUGUGACGAAAGACUACAGCCAGAGCCACUCCUUCUUGGACAGGCCAUCCAGCACAGCUCAGACCACUACAGCCAAGAGAAGCCUCAUGCUGCCCAAUCACUCCACUCCCUUCAAGAAGGUGCGCACCUCUCUGGACUACAGUGGCUGGAACAAGCAGCGGCCCUCCACUCUGGCCCAGCCUCAGCCCCCGCUGCAAGGAUUUUCCAACCUGGGCAACACUUGCUACAUGAACGCCAUCCUGCAGUCCCUCUUCAGCCUGCCGUCCUUCUCCAGCGACAUGCUGAGGCAGAGCAUCCCGUGGAAGAAGUUGCCCAUCAAUGCAUUGCUGAGGCGUUUUGCUCACCUUAUGGUGAAGAAGGACGUGGGCUGUCCAGAGACAAAAAAGGACCUCUUGAGGAAAGUGAAGAGUGCCAUCUCCUCCACGGCUGAGCGUUUCUCUGGAAACAUGCAGAAUGAUGCUCACGAGUUCCUGAGCCAGUGUUUGGACCAGUUAAAGGACGACGUGGAGAAAAUGAACAAGAGCUGGACAAACGAAGCCGCGGCGUCCUCGUCGUCCUCGUCGUCCUCUGUGCCAUGCGAGAACGGCCAGGAGGCGACGUCGCCGGCAGCCAAGGCGGAGCCCGGCGAGGAGACGGACACCUCGCGCAUCUACACCUGCCCCGUGGCGGUCAACAUGGAGUUUGAGGUGCAGCACACCAUCACCUGCAAAGGAUGUGGCGAGGUAGUUACCAAGCGGGAGCAAUUCAACGACUUGUCCAUCGACCUCCCGCGGCGGAAGAAAACCCUCCCGCUUCGCUCCAUUCAGGAUUCUCUGGAUCUCUUUUUUAGGAUGGAGGAAAUUGAGUACUCGUGUGAAAAGUGCAAUGGGAAAUCAGCGACUGUUAUGCAUAAAUUCAGCAAACUGCCCAGGGUGCUUAUCCUCCACCUGAAGCGGUACAGCUUUAACGCUCAGCUGUCUAUGAACAGCAAGCUGGGCCAGCAGGUGGUGAUCCCCCGAUACCUGACCCUGCUGUCCCACUGCACCGAGUCCACACGACCCCCCUUAAGUCUCGGCUGGAGCUCCCAAACCUCCAUGUCAAGAACACUCAAAACAUCUCAAAUGGUCAACUCCUCCACAGCACCUCUCCGAAGGAUUGGAGGGAAAGUGUCCAACUCCAGCUGCACCUCUAUUCUCUUGGACUCCGACUGUGAAGAAGAGCUGAGCAGAAAGGUGAUCGCGAGCCGCAAGUGCCGCCUCAGCAGCUGUCUGCCUGACGAUGACGACCGACCGGAGGAGAGAGGAGCAGCGAUAGACUCGGCAGACUUCGGUGGCAUAAACGACGAUGAGAUGCUGGCAGCCGUGCUGGAGAUGAGUCGUCAAGAGGCCGGGCUCUCGGAUCCGCCCCCCCUGGAGGAUGAGCCAACCAGCAGCCCGGACACGGGCUUUGGGGAUACAGAUGCCCAUGACCUGGCCUAUCACACAGAUCUGCUGGAAACAGACAGCAAACAGCCUUCAGAUGUGCUGGAUUCCCUGGACUUGACCAUGGAUGAGAACAAGGAGAACCAGACCCCAGAGAGCGUGCAGCAGCAAGGUGAACUGGACUGGGUGCAGCAGUACAGUCUGGAUCAGGAGAGAGAGGAACAGGAGUUACAACAGGCUCUGGCUCAAAGCCUCCAGGAGCAUGAGGCCCAGGAGAUGAGAGAGGAUGAUGAUCUGAAGAGGGCCACCGAGCUCAGUUUGCAAGAAUUUAACAACUCUCUGCCUGAGCUCUUGUGCUCAGACGAUGAUUCUGGCAACGAGGACGUGCUGGACAUGGAGUACACUGAAGCAGAGGCUGAGAACCUGAAGAGGAACGCUGAGAGCGGAGACGUGGCCAACUCCUUCAGACUCAUCAGUGUCGUCAGUCACAUCGGGAGCAGCUCCUCCUCUGGCCACUACAUCAGUGACGUGUACGACAUGAAGAAGCAGUCGUGGCUGACCUACAACGACCUGGACGUGUCGCGCACACAGGAAGCCGCCGUACAGCGAGACCGGGACCGCAGUGGAUACAUCUUCUUCUACAUGCAAAAGGAUGUGUUUGAGCAGCUGUCUGAAAUGGAGCGAUCCGGAGUCAACACCACUCCAGAGGCGGGAAGGAACGUCCUGCAGCCCCUCUGAACCGCAGUAGUGGGAGCGCUCCUCUGAACAAACUCGAGUACUACUGAUUGCCGUCCUUCUGUGGUCGUCUUCAGGCACUUCUUCUCCUCUACAAAGAACGCUCAACGCCCUGCUAACAUGGCACCCGUGAAUGCCAACGCGGGUACUAAACUGUCAAGACUCUUUAAGAAACCAGAAAAUGCAGUUAAAAAUGUUCAGUGGAUCAAAUUUUGCCUCCAUGUUUUUGGGGGCUGGAGUUUUACUUUGCUAUGAUUUUUAUCAAACAGUUUUGUAAAGUUUCCUUUCUUCGUUUGUCUCUCGAUACACUUCUUCCAACUCUAAAGCCGUUCACUCGGGCUUUCACUUAAAAUGCAACUAGGGAGCACCAGAUGCUACUGGUGCUUCAUGGAUUGUACGUUUUGCAGACCCUUUAUUUCCCAUAUAAACUAAAUAAAGAUAUAUUCUAUGUUGGAGUAAGCUAUUCUAGAGUUAGAGGGGUGUUGUAUUUAGCGGGUACAUUUUGGUGCAAUAUUUAUGUUCCGGCUCAAACCGGCCAAUUCAAAUGAGCUUUCUGUCAGAGCGUGUGGAUGUUUCCCAACUUGUUUUUUGUGCUUGACUUAUGAACUUGUUUGUGUGUGUGGUUGUCUCCAUAUUAUAGAUUUGAAGAUCUGUAAGCUUAACGAAGCCUGUUUCUUACCGUGCUUUUCUCAGUAAAGCCUACCUUAUUCUUUUGGGGAUUUUGACUUUGUGCCUCCCAAAACUUUUAUAAAUAUGUAUACAAGCUUUACUUUGAAAGUUGUACAACCUUAUUGCUUUUGGAUAAGUGUCAAUCCUCGACAAUGUGCAAGUACGAUUUUUUUUUUUUUCCUUUAUAAAAAGCCAACAGAUUUUCUAUUUAUUGCAACAUACGGUUAAUAUGUUAAUUAACCCAUCAACCUGCCAUGGCGAAAAUGAGUAAUUUAUACUAGAGCACCAGGAAGGCUAGCGGUCACCUUUAAAUUCACGGCCAGUAUUCAGUAUUUGACACUUUAAACCUCUGCUAACCUGUUCACUAGUAGUAGCUACCCGGCGUGCUUGCUUCUGUACUAGACACUGGUUGUUCAGCUUCUUUUGUUACCGCUGUAAAAGAAAUUAAAUCACAUUUCAGUAAACCGUGAUUAAUGUGCAGUGUUGGAACAUGCUGUCUGCUGGACAUAUUCAAAUUAUUUCCUUAACUCACAACAGAAGAAAGUAUGAUACAGCAUUGUAAAACAUGGGUAAUAAAAAGUAAUCUGGAUGGACCAGUUGAGAUUGAUACCCAGUUUAAGGAAGUGUGCAUUAUUAUUAGGACUCCUUGAAGUACAGCACUGUUACACGAUGAACGUACACACCUUGUUAUAAGAGCAGCUAAAGUUACAAAUUCGUUCACCUUUUAAUGUCAGCAUUUCUGAAACAUUGCUCUCCUGAACGUCCCAAAUGCCGUGUAAAGAGGGUCAAAUGUCUUUGUGAAGUAAAAAUGAACUGCUUUCUUUUUCUACCCUUCAUACACAGCAGACUCUUCCUAAAGCAGAUUUUAAUAAAAUACUACAGUGAAAGUG